AGCGCUGGGCAGAGCACACCGGCCCUGGUCCCAGCCGCGGUCCCGGCCCGAGCAGCUGCCGCCCGCCAUGGGCACCGCGCCUCCCAGUGGGUCUGUGAAGGCCGGGAAGAUGCCAGAAGGGAAGAAAAUGAGACAAUGUAAACAAGAAGAGGAGCAGCAGCAGCAGAAAGAAGAGGAGCGGGAGGGUCUCAUCGAAUUCUACAGUUCCUACCAGGAGCUAUUCCAGUUCUUCUGCAGCAACACAACCAUCCACGGGGCUAUCCGCCUGGUGUGCUCCAAAAAGAAUAAGAUGAAGACAGCUUUCUGGUCCGUUCUCUUCUUUCUCACCUUCGGCUUAAUGUACUGGCAGUUCGGGAUCCUCUACAGGGAGUACUUCAGCUACCCUGUCAACCUCAAUCUCAACCUGAACUCCGACAGGCUGACUUUCCCGGCCGUGACGCUAUGCACCCUCAAUCCCUACAGAUACAGCGCCAUCCGAAAGCAGCUGGAUAAGCUGGACCAAAUCACUCAACAAACGCUGCUAGACCUCUAUGAUUACAACAUGUCUCUGCCACAAAGAGACUGGUCCACAUCAUCCUCACAAAGGCGCAGCUCAAGGAGCCUGCUCCAUCAUGUCCAGCGCCAUCCUUUGAGGAGACAGAAGCGGGAUAACUUGGUCAACUUGCCGGAGAACAGUCCCUCAGUGGACAAGAAUGACUGGAAAAUUGGCUUUGUUCUGUGCAGUGAAAACAACGACUGUUUCCAUCAGGCGUACUCCUCAGGAGUGGAUGCAGUGCGGGAAUGGUACAGCUUUCACUACAUCAAUAUCCUGGCACAGGUGCCUGAUGCAAAAGCCCUGGACGAAGUCUGACUUGAGAAUUUCAUCUAUGCUUGCCGCUUUAAUGAGGCAACGUGUGACAAGGCGAACUAUACCCACUUCCACCAUCCUUUGUAUGGGAACUGCUAUACCUUUAAUGACAACAGCAGCAGUGUGUGGACAUCCUCGCUGCCUGGGAUCAAUAAUGGUCUCUCUCUGGUGGUGCGCACCGAGCAGAAUGAUUUCAUCCCUCUGCUGUCAACAGUGACAGGAGCCAGGGUCAUGGUCCAUGAUCAGAAUGAGCCAGCCUUCAUGGAUGAUGGGGGUUUCAAUGUUCGUCCUGGCAUCGAGACCUCCAUCAGCAUGAGAAAGGAGAUGACUGUGCGCCUUGGGGGCAGUUACAGCGACUGCACAGAGGAUGGCAGUGACGUGCCAGUGCAAAACUUGUACUCAUCCCGCUACACCGAGCAGGUCUGCAUUCGCUCCUGCUUUCAGCUCAACAUGGUAGAACGCUGUGGCUGUGCAUAUUACUUCUAUCCCUUGCCUGACGGAGCAGAGUACUGUGACUACACGAAGCACAAAGCCUGGGGCUACUGCUAUUACAAACUCCUGGCUGAAUUCAAAGCUGACGUGCUGGGCUGUUUUCACAAGUGUCGGAAACCUUGCAAAAUGACAGAAUACCAGCUAUCAGCUGGAUACUCCCGCUGGCCUUCUGCUGUCUCAGAGGACUGGGUUUUCUACAUGCUUUCACAACAGAACAAAUACAAUAUCACAUCCAAGAGGAAUGGAGUUGCCAAAGUGAACAUUUUUUUUGAGGAGUGGAACUACAAGACCAAUGGGGAGUCUCCAGCUUUCACGGUAGUGACUCUGCUGUCCCAGCUUGGGAACCAGUGGAGUCUCUGGUUUGGAUCCUCUGUCCUGUCUGUGAUGGAGCUUGCAGAGCUGGUUCUGGAUUUCAUUGCCAUCACCAUUAUCCUGGCAUUCCGCCGGUUCCGCACUCGGCAGAAGCACUCUCCACCGGGACCCCCUCUGAACAGUCAGGAUAACACCGCUUUCCAAGAUGAGACACCAGCUCUCAGUGCUCCACAUCGCUUCACUGUUGAGGCUGUAGUGACCACGCUGCCAUCCUACAACAGCCUGGAACCACGUGGGCUGAACAGGGACGGUGAGGUGGGACAUGAGUGAGGCAGUAGCUUCUUCUACUCUUCAGAUGGGGGGCAGCUGGAGCAAGGGCUGCACUCUUUGUCUGUAAGGCCUGCAUUUCCUUCUUUCUGGGGUGCUGCACAUGAACCAUAGCAAAAGACUGCUCCGUGGUUGGCCUGGUCUCAUUGCUUUCACUUCUCUAGGCAAAUUCUUCAGUCUUACAAAAUACUAUUGCUGUGGGAUUACCAGGGAUGAGAGUUGAUCUAGUGUAUCUAUGGGGAAGAUGUCCUCUCAAUUUCCUUAUGCUCUGUGCAUGUGCACACUUAUAUGUGCAUGCAUGCUUUCUUUACCCUCCAACAAGGAUGCUGCCACAGUUCUGGUCUGUCAUUAAUUAAAGAGGUUUGGUAGGUGUGACUGGCCUCUGCAGUAUGACAAGGAACAGGAAUGGAGUCUCAGAUGGGGUACAGGUCUCUCAACAGGCUGAGCUUUGUUAAGCUUUCCCUAAACUGGUUGCUCUUUCCUCAUUCUUCAUGUCUAGCUGUGAUCCCGAGAAUGUGUCACCUACCCUCUCCUCCCCCCAAAGGAGAGGCUACUUGACACAAGAGCCACUGGCACAAACUCACCCUGUAUUACGCACAAUGCUCUGGAGAGGUGCUCGAAGCUUGCUGCCACUCCAGGUCUGGGACAAAACACCCCUGGCAAAGUAAAGGCUCCCUUUUCAAUCUGCCUUUGUGGCAUUGGUAGAUCUUGGGUGUCCCCCCUUCCUUGGGAUACACCAUACAUGUGUACAUCCAGCUAUUUCAUUGUUUGCCAGCAGCUCUGGGACAAAUCGAUCUCUACACUUCCUUGACCCUCCUUGCUUUCUUCCUGAGAGAAACAGAGUUUGGCAGGAUUAUGCACACCCUCCAAAAAUCCCAAAUGGUACCUCUGCUGCCAUAGGAUCCUGCAAGAGAGGAUUGGAGCAGUGCAGGUCAUGCAGUGCCUGUUCUGCUCCUCCCAGUUUUUGUCUGGUCCACCCACAAAAACUCUGCUGAGUCUCUUCUUCCUGAGGGAAGCACAGAAAAUACUGUAGGCUUUAAUCAAAAGUGCUUCCAAGGAAAGCCUUAGCCUAAUUGAACCAUGUGGGCAAAAAUGGUUGGUCCUCUUCCUAGAACUAACUUGGGGACCUUUGUAUAAGAGAACAUGUUUCUUGCAGUGAGCUUGCCAUACUCUUUUCUUACAAAGACUUCUGCUGCAAUGGUGUUUGCACUGCACUUUAUGGGGUAUCAAGAGAGCAAGGGUAAUGUCCUUAAAAACAGGAUUAUCCACUUCACAGCACAAACAGAGAUACCAAAUUCAAGCAGUUUAGGCAAAGACUUGUAGAAGCCUGUAACCAAUCACACUGCAAAAGCCACUUUUGAAUUUAAAAACUAGUUAAUCAUAACAAAAGAAAAACUGAAGCUGUUUUAAAAAUUAAGGUAGAUGCACUCCCCUUGGGAAGCUGGAAGAGUUUACUGCAGUAUCUGAACUGCUGCCUAAUUUUUCAUUUUGAGAUGCUAAACACAUACUGGUUGUACUGCUCUUGCCUUGAUUACCUAAGUGCACUCUUCAAUUCCUAGCAGAGAGUGAGUUUAUUCUUCUUCAAAUACACACACAAAUGCUAUGUUCUUGAUUGCACAAAUAUUCCUGGUUUUACUAAAUUUAUCCCAGUGCUCAGCUUAUAACUCUUGUUUGAAAGUGAAGGUAAUGUCUCUCUGCUAGGAAUAGAAGCAAGUAACUCAGGAGGUGUCCUUCAGCAAGGGUGGCAGCCCAGCAGGAGGGAGAGGCCUGCAACAAGCAGGGGUGGGAACAUGUAUUCCUCCUGGGAACGCCCACUGGAAAAAAAAUCAGAGCUUCUGCAAACAUGAAAAAAAUCAAUUUUCUAUGUCUGAUUUUAAAUGAAGUAAAAAAAAGUGAGCAAUGAAUGACAUCUCAAAAUUGCUUCUGUGAAGGUCCUUUCACAUUCUGUAAAAACCCUGCCCAAGAGGCAGAGCUAAAAGCUAGGUUUAGUUGCUGGAAAGUAACUUUUGCCACAAUUAAAAUUCAAAAGACAGGCAGAUAGAGGAGUUAGGAUGUUGCACCCAGUUCUUGGUCACAAAUUCAUUACUGCAGACUGAUGCCUUGGUGUUUUUCUAGCACAUGAAUGAGCACUGAAUGAGCAAAAAACCCGACACUGGACACAAAGCUAUGUGCUUCACAAAGCCCCCUUCAAAUCAAGAAAGGAGAAAAGAGCAGGUGCAACACCUAAAACAGUCUUUGUAUACCAUAAACAUAUGGUGAUUCAUAUGGUAAGCAUGAUUUUUCCUCAAUAUCCAGAGAGUAAGAUAUGAUUCUUCACAUCACAGAACCAUAAUAACCUUGUAAUAACCAUAAAAUUGAUGAGACCUGCUGCAUCACGCAUAGUUAAGUGGGUGAUGAAAACAAGAUUAAUCAGAGGCAUAUCUACUUGAAACAGUAAGUUCUCUUCAUCAUAAAGAAAUACAGCUGCAAAAGGUGGUGAAGUAUUCUCUGGGGUAAGCUUGAGCCAUAUUCUAUCUGUUCCACAAAAGUGUUAAAAUGCAAAAAAAAUGGGCUUUGACUGAUGAACUCAAAGUAAUGGCACCAUUCAGGAUAGCUGAAAAUCCAGAGUUAAAAGCCUGCAAAAAAUGUGAGGAAGCAGUUAUAGAAGCUGGUAAAUAGAUUAGCCCUUCCUGCCCUGUGAAUCAAUGCAAAAACUGCCAUCGUGGGAGAAAUCAUGUGCUUAUUCCAGAAAUAAUCUUUACAUUUCUUCUAGGCUGGCAAGACCACAAAUGAGCUCAGCAAAUGUAUAAUGAGCUUGGUCUGGCUGAAAACAAGAGGCGAGGCCAACAGUGCUGGAGUAAGAGUGGAGAAAUGGGAGUGUUUCACUGAGAAUGAAAAAUUGGAGAAAAGAGAAGAAAGCAUGCAUGUAUGUGGAUCUGCAUGUCAGCAAAAGGCAAAUUAAAGGUGUGAGCUGGGGUGAAUGUGUACAAGAGGAGAAGGCUGAGGGGAUGUAAAUGCUCAGUAGUCAUAGGUGUGUUAGAGGCAUAGCAGAGUUAUUUUGAGGACAUGGAAAACAUGCAUAGACCAGCUGAAGGUUGUGUCUUUUUGGACUGGGAACAGAUGUCAAAACUAUUGUUCUUCCAUAAGAAUUAAGGUAACAGAGGAAAGGCAUGGAAGUACAACAUAAGUGUCUAGGAAAGCUAGAAAAAAAAGAGAGAACUAUCACUUUGGAAAAUAAACAAUAUAUUUAGAAGAACUAAACCCUCCUUGCUGGAGGGCUUAAGAGAAGCCGGACAGACAAGUCAACGUUUGUCUGCACAGACUGAGGUCAAACCAGACAGAAUUUGAAGGGUCACCAAGCUCUUGGGACACGUUCAAUAAAAUCUAAGGGGUGAUACAGGCUACAUCAAGAAAUGAAAAGGACGGUAGUGCUGCUGGUAAAAGACACAGGGGAACCACAGAGAGCAGGAACACACCAGAGGCACAGCCACAUUCAGUCACAGUUCUUCAUAUUCAAAAAUAUGCAAUAUUUAAAGGGGGCUUGUAAGCACAAGAUGGGAAUGUGCCUUCCACUUCCAAGUGAAUGCUUAAAAGCAAUUAACUAAAAAGAGCUUAUGAUUUUUAUUACAUUUUUAACACAUUUAUGGCAAAUUUAAUUAAAAAAAUAGUGCAAAGGCUUUUGGAAAAGAAGCCUCUGAGGAAAGAACACUUAAAAAAAGAUAUCAUUUUGUCCUCUGCAGAAAUCAUUUAGUGGAUCUGUGCACUGAAUGGAAGGACAUGAGGAGGCUGUUCAUAUUUGAAACCUGGGGAGUAAGUAAGGGUGUUCUGAAGAAGUAUUGCACUAUCUCAGGCCAAAAAUAGGUGAAAGAUGAUCAGGACUCUGGAAGCUCAGGUAUCCAACUGACAUGGCUGAAUUGCCUAUUUGUAAAACCUUUAUCUGUUACAUCUCUCAGAGCAAUUAUUUCUUUAGAGG